UACGCUAAAACCCCGGGCGCUGCUGAUACGACGUGCUGUACGUGCCGUGCGUAAGAGGUUUACGUCGGAUCUGCCGCUGCCUCUUUCUCUCCGCGGACCCGAGGCACGGCUCCUGAUCGGUUCCAGCGCUGUGCAAAGCGGUCAGCAGGGGUCAUGAGGGCGGCCGAGGCUCGUGGCGCUGUGAGGAGCAGCUGAGGCAGAGAUGGAACCCGCCGGAUCCGCGUCAACGACCUUACCAGCCACUUCCUGCUUCGCCUUGAUCACCGCGGGCAACCAAACACGUUCUCUGCGCUCGUCGUCACCUCCCACUAAACGUUUGCGAUGAGAAUGUCCGAUUCGGUCGACUGUGAAACGAUGAAGGUUUCCGAGGACCGAGUCUCGUCCCCCAAAGACAACAGCGCCCCCACCAGGCCAGACCACAGCGCCCCCUCCAGGCCAGAGCACGCCGCUGACAGCCAGAGUGUGAGCCGCGAUGAGCACGGCCCCAACAACAAGAGGGACCCGCAGGACGGAUUCCCUCUGAAGGCAUUUGAAAAGGAGGAGAGAGGAACGCAGGACCAAGCCGAAAAAGAAAUCGACAAAAUUGACAAACCUGAGAAGACUAUUCGCAAAAUGUUGUCUAGAGAUUCCAGCCAAGACUACACUGACUCAACUGGAAUCGACCUACAUGAGUUCCUGGUGAACACGCUAAAAGGCAAUCCAAGGGAUCGAAUCAUGUUACUCAAACUGGAGCAGGACAUCUUGGACUUCAUCAGCAAUAACGAGAGCCAGCAGAGGAAGUUCCCGCCCAUGUCGUCCUAUCACCGGAUGCUGUUACACAGAGUGGCUGCGUAUUUCGGCCUGGACCAUAACGUCGACCCCAGCGGCAAGUCUGUGGUCAUCAACAAGACCUCCAGCACUAGAAUCCCCGAUCAGAAAUUCUCGGAGCACAUCAAGGAUGACAGGGCUGACGAUUUUCAGAAACGCUACAUUCUGAAACGAGACAACUCCAGCUUUGAUCCAGAAGACAUCACGGGCGACCAUUUCCUCCUAGACAGAAGCGCUCAAGAAGAAGAUCUGUGCAUGAGCAGCCAACAGCGAAGACAAAUGUUCAGGCUGGGAGUGGGCCGGUCAGGGGCCAGCAGACAGAGCAGCUCAGAGACAGACACUCUCCCCAGACCCUCGGACCCUCGGCCCUGGAGCAGCACCGACAGCUCAGACAGCUCCCACCGCCUGGCCCCCAGACCCCCCAUCACCAAAGCACGCAGCUUCAGCGGAGUCUGCCCCGGUCUGGCCCGAGGAGACAGUACAGCCAGCAGCAAGAGCACGGGGAGACUGUCCAAGACUGGUUCGGAGUCUUGCAGUAGCGUCGGCUCCUCUUCCAGCUCCCUGUCCCGCCCCCAGCUCCCGCCUCCGCCCUCCUCCCGCCCGGUGAUCUCCUCCACACCCACGAUGCACCCCAACAACGACGCCAGGGCGGCCGGACACCACGAAAUGAUCAAAAAUGUCCCUCCUCAGCCGCCGUCCCUCAACGAAACUCCGAACUACUACAUCCUACCACUGGAGACCUCUGGGAUUCCUCCUGGGAGCGUCCUGGUCAACCCACACACAGGGAAGCCGUUCAUUCACCCCGACGGCAGCGCUGUGGUGUACAACCCGGCUACAAUCGCUCCGAACAUGGCCAGGGGCUCUCAGCAGAAGAAUCCUCAACAGCCAAUCCAAAGCCAGGGCCAAGCGCAGGCAGCCAAUCAUCUGCACUCUCAGCCUGAAGCUCUCAACGCCCAGUUCAAUCAGAUGAGCCUCUCUCAGCCCGGACAGAGUGACCCCAACCCCCCGGCCCCAGACCCCCGCUACUACCCCGCCGUGUACCACCACCACCACCACGCGCCGCCGCACAUGCUCCUGCAGGGGGCGCCACCUCAGCAGAUGACCAGUUACGUGGUGACCGGACCCUCGGCUGGACACGGGGGCAUGAUGGGUACACAGAGUCUGCCCCUCCACGCGUCCGGGCACAACCAGGGCUACGCCAACAACCCCACCCCAGCACCAGGGGCCUUCUCUGGGGCCAUGCUCAACCAGCCCCUGCUCCAACAACACACAUAUAUCCAACAGCCCAUGCAGCAGGUCUCGGCGUGUUAUUGCUCCUCAGUGCACCACCCACACUGUGCGACCCAACAGCAACAACAAACGCACCCCCAGCAGCAGUCUCACUACCGCCCCCCUGCUGUCAACCCGUACAACUGCACCCAGACCCAGAACCUGCCCCCACAACAAGUGCACCAGUCCAUGAUGCCGGCCCAGGGCUCCGGGUUCCACGCUCCCCUGGUCCAGUCCAGCCCCGGUCUGUCUGUGCCCCCCGCCCCCCAACAAAGCAAUAUGAACCCUGCCCCCAUACAGGGCAUGCUGCUCCAGUACCCCACCAUGCAGGCCUAUCAGCAGGUGUCCGUGCCGCAGCAGCAGUACCAGCAGCCUGUGUUUGUCCCGUGUCAGCCCGGACAGCAGGGGGCAGUGUCUGUGGGAGGGGUCCAGCCGUGCUACAGCCUCCUGCCCCCAAACCAGCACACCACCAUGAGUUCGACUGUGAGUUUCCUGCCUGCACCGAUGAUGGAGCAGCUCCCCUUCUCCCAGAGCUCCUCCGCCUGUGUCUCCCAGACGCUCCCCGGACAACAGUACACAGGGCUGUUGCCACACACCCCGGGCAGUUCCAUGGUGAUGUUACAGAUGACGUCGCCCCCUAGCUGUCAGCAGCCGCGAGCGCCUUCUCCCUGCCACAGAAAACCACCGAAUCACCACAAACACAACAGCGGCUCAGAGCACCAGCGCCCCCGCAGGACUGCCCCGGAACUGCAGCUGCCCUUAGACAACGCACAGAGCAGCCUGCCCUCGUCUCCGGCCCUCACCCCUUCGCCGGGUCAGCCCCACAGCGGCGCCAGCAUCAAGCCCCUCCCCCCCGGACUCUCCCCGCUGUCCCCGCUGUCCCCGCUCCCCCUCAUGGCUCACCCGUCCCACCCGCACCCCGUCCUGCCUACAGCCUUCUGCCACACUGGACAAGGUGAAGCGCACUAUUCUCUGGUGGGACAACCUCUGCAGUACAAACCCUCCAUCAGAGCCCCACUGCUGCACACGGCCCACAUGGUCACCAAACACCAGGCUCCUCUGGGCGUGUGGCGCAGCGGUCACGGGAGAAGAGCCAACCGCAAACCUGUGUCCACAGACCUGAGUUGAAAACCGAAGCUGUGGAGACGUCGAGAUUUCUCCACCAAAAUAAACCCAAAUCUCGGCGAAGAACUACACCUACAAUCAAAAAAAAAAAACAUUCAAACUACUAAAGGACGGUGCGAAGAGGACUAUUUAAAGCUGCUACUACUUCACAAAUGUUUACCUUUAAUUUAUUUUUUAUUUUUCUCAAAUCCGAGCAGUUUCCAACACGGCCGCCGCAGCGUUACGGGAUUAAAUUACAAUUACUUAAUGCCUAUAAGGUUUUGUGUUGCCAUAGCAGCAUUAAGGAGGUUUCGAAAAGUUGCCAUUGUUAAAACCAAGUGUAAUAUUUUUGCAUUUAAAUUUCUACAUAUCUCUAAUAUAUAUAUUGUUAUAAAAAUUGUGCUUCUCAGUUUUAUUUUUUUUUUGUCUUCAUUAACCUGGAAAUUAUAGAAGAUUGUAAAGGUUCAUGUCACCAGUUUUCACGACCGUAAAAAGGCCCAUAACGUACAAUAGAUUUAAAUAGAAAUACUAGCUUAAAUAUACCGUCAUUUUACGCACUUCGAAUGUUGUUUUUGCACUGAUUUGAUGGAGGUUUGUUGCACUCAUCCGAAUUUUUUAUAUUUAAAUUAAAAUGUUUAUAUAUGCACAACAAAAAUGCAAUCUUAUGUGGCUUUGUUUUCUUUUUUUUUUUUUUUUUUUUUUUUUUUGGGAGAAUUAUGAGAGGUGCUCCGUAUCUGGUGUGACUUCUUUCUGUCUGAUGUCAAUAAAUGUUUUCACCACUCGUGUUGACAUAAAUUUAAUAUAAAAGAAUCAAAAAUAUUACAGGAUAAAUUAGUUUUGGAGUUAAUUGUUUUAAGAAGAGACGCUAAUUAAAAUCUUGACACGUUUAAAGUGAUAAUGUUGCAGU